AUGACUGUCGUCACAGCCGAAGAAGAGAACGCCGUCGGAAUCGACAUGCCUCGAGCAGACAAUGGUUCGGAGGGAGGAAGCGCGAGUCAGGGCGGUUCUGAAGCAAGCUUCGGUGUUCGCCUAGGAAAAUGCAAGUGGUUCAACGUGGCCAAAGGAUGGGGUUUCAUAACACCAAACGACGGAGGGCAAGACGUUUUCGUGCACCAGAGUGUGAUCCAAAUGACCGGCUUCAGAUCGUUGGGUGAUGAAGAGGAAGUCGAGUUCGAAUGUCAAGUAUCGGAUAAAGGUCUCGAAGCGACUAAAGUAGCAGGACCUCAGAGCUCCGAUUGUCGAGGAUCGCAUCGAAGACCGACGACAAAAAAACGCUUCCGUAAAAUCAGGUGUUACAAUUGCGGCGAGUUCGCCAAUCACAUAGCGGCAAAAUGUGGGCUGGGACCACAACCUAAGCGUUGCCACAAUUGCAAGAGCGAGGAUCACCUAAUCGCCGAUUGUCCAAACCGAACCGAACAACAAAUCAAAGAUGAGAACAACAGCAACGGAAAUGGAAAUGGAGUCGUCUCCGAGGAUCAUCAAGUGGAGACACAACUUGAAGGCAUGGCACAGCUGAGAAUCGAAUAGCGCCACGACAAUUGUAUUCCCAACAUCACAUAUCAUUUACAUUACGACCACUUCACGCAAACCUAUAUAUUAUAUACGCCGACAAACUAAAAAGUCUAUACUAAAAUUACCUUUUGAAUAGGAAACACCAAAAUUUUAAGAUUUUAGUAUAGAUUUUGCGUUUUCUCUUCUGUUAAUAUUAAGAAAUUACUCGAUCGAAUUUACAUAUCGUGCUGUGAGGAAAUGAUUUUAUCCAAACCGAAUUGAAUAAAAUCGAUUCCAAGAAUGUUUUAUGAACUCGCGAGCGAAAAAUUCAACAAAACAUAACAUACACUCUAGUUCUAGAUAUUACAUUUUCUUUAUUCUAUUUUAGUUAUUCAAUUUUAUGACAUUGGAGCGUAGCACGACACCAUUUUUUAUUUGUAUUUCAUUGUUUCCUGAAACAAUUUUAAA